AUGCUUCGCGUGCUCUUCUCUAAAUCUGCCGGUCGUGCUGUGCGCCAGGCUGGAGCCCCCCGUCACUUUCGUACUUCAGCCGUUGCCAGGAAUGAGGUCGAGGUCUUUGUCGACGGCAAACCCGUUAAGGUUGAGGCUGGCUCCGCUGUCAUUCAAGCUUGUGAGAAGGCCGGCGUCCAUAUCCCCCGUUUCUGUUACCACGAACGCCUCUCGGUCGCAGGAAACUGCAGAAUGUGUCUGGUCGAGGUCGAAAAGACACCCAAGCCCGUCGCCUCCUGUGCCUUCCCCGUCAUGCCCGGAAUGAAAAUUAAGACCGACACUACAUUGGUUAAAAAGGCUCGUGAGGGCGUCAUGGAGUUCCUGUUGGCAAAUCAUCCCCUGGACUGCCCUAUUUGCGACCAAGGAGGAGAGUGUGAUCUUCAGGACCAGUCUGUUCGGUAUGGAUCUGAUCGCGGUCGUUUCUCGGAAGUUGUUGGCAAGCGUGCUGUUGAGGACAAGGAGCUCGGACCUUUGAUCAAGACCACCAUGACUCGUUGUAUUCACUGUACUCGCUGUGUGCGUUUCGCCAACGAGGUUGCUGGUUUCCAGGAUCUCGGAACCACUGGACGCGGCAAUGACAUGCAGAUUGGAACAUACAUCGAGAAGACCAUGAACUCUGAAAUGUCAGGAAACUUGGCAGAUGUCUGCCCUGUUGGAGCCCUUCUCUCUAAACCCUACACAUUCAACGCCCGUCCUUGGGAGCUGAAGAACACUGAGUCGAUCGAUGUUCUUGAUGCUCUCGGAUCCAACAUUCGCGUCGACUCUCGCGGUGUCGAGGUCAUGCGCAUCCUUCCUCGCCUCAACGAAGACAUCAACGAGGAGUGGAUCUCGGAUAGGACUCGCUCUGCAUACGAUGGUCUCAAGACCCAGCGUCUGACAACCCCCAUGAUCCGCAAGGGCGAUAUCUUUGUCAACGUCAACUGGGCUGAUGCCCUGCAGAAGGUCGCAUCUGAGAUGAAGAUUGCUGGUCCCGGCAUCAAGGCCAUUGCUGGUCAGUUGGCCGACGCUGAAUCGCUCAUCUCCCUCAAGGACCUUGUCAACACACUUGGAUCAGAAAACGUCACUGUGGAUAACCGUCGCCAGGAUACCCCCGCUCACGGCGCCGACUUCCGCUCUAACUAUUUGCUGAACUCGACGAUUGCCGGCAUUGAGCAGGCCGACGCUCUCCUUUUGAUCGGAACCAACCCUCGUCACGAAGCUUCCGUCAUGAACGCUCGUAUCCGCAAGGCUUUCGUCUACAACGGCCUCAACGUCGGCCUUGUUGGUGCCCCUGUCGACUUGACCUACGACUAUGAGCACAUUGGUGCUGACACCGCCUCCCUCGAGGCCCUUGUUUCUGGCAAGCAUGCCUUCUCUGCCCAGCUUUCUGAGGCCAAGAACCCCAUGAUCAUUAUCGGAAGCGGCGUCAACGAUUUGCCCGAUAGUGAAUACGUGUUUUCGUCGGUAUCCAAGAUUGUCAACCAGCACAAGGACAAGUUCUUCCAGGCGAACUGGAACGGCUUCAACGUACUCCAGCGCGCUGCCAGCAGAGCUGCUGCUUAUGAUAUCGGUUUUGUUCCCCAGGCCAAGGAGACUGAAAAGACGUCGUUUGUUUACUUGCUCGAGGCUGAUGAGAUUUCUGCCUCUGAUAUUCCUAAAGACGCGUUUGUUGUCUACCAGGGUCACCACGGUGACGUCGGAGCCCAGUAUGCGGAUGUGAUCUUACCUGGAGCCACAUACACGGAAAAGAGCGCGACAUAUAUUAACACCGAGGGUCGCCCCCAGCAGACACGCGCUGCUGUACCACCACCUGGUGCUGCCCGUGAGGACUGGAAAAUUAUCCGUGCCAUCUCUGAGGUUGCUGGAGCCACUUUGCCAUACGACGACAUUCACCAGGUUCGGGACCGUCUCCGUGACAUUGCCCCUUCGUUUGCCCACUAUAACGUUGUUGAACCCAGCUCAGUGGCAGUAGCAUCAUUGGGUCUCUCAACAUUGAACAAGUCGGGAGCCAAUUCGAGCAGGUCGGUGUUUACCCCUGUUAUUUCAGAUUACUACAUGACGGAUUCAAUCACCCGUGCAUCGUCGACGAUGGCCAAGUGCUCAGUAGCAUUCUCGAAAGGCAGCCACCGCCCUGACGAAUCCGAGUUUAAGAUCGAGGCACAUGCUUGA